ACACUUGCAAGUGUCUUCUGUUGACAUGACAGAUUCUUUUGCUAGUUCACACAAUGUUCAAAAGGCACAGGUCCCUUGCUUCGGAACGCAAGAGAGAAAUAUUUUCCCGGGGAGUUACACGGUCCAUGCUGAGGAAUGACUUGAGAAACUUUCACUGUUUGUCCCAACUUGUGCUCUCAGCAGGGCCUCUAAAAUCAGCUCCAGUAGUGAAACAUGCAAAAACUGUGCACUUUGAGAUUGAAAUACUUGAUGCUCAAACAAGAAAGCAGAUAUGUAUUGUGGAUAAGGUGGUACAAACAUCUACUAUUCAUGAUGUUAAACAAAAAUUCCACAAAGCAUGUCCACAGUGGUAUCCUUCCCGAGUUGGCCUACAGCUAGAACGAGGUGGGCCUUUUUUGAAGGACUACAUAACUGUUCAAAGCAUUGCAGCUUCCUCCAUUGUCACUCUCUAUUUUACGGACCUAGGUCAACAGGUCAGUUGGACUACAGUAUUUUUGAUUGAAUACACAGGACCUCUGCUGAUAUAUCUCCUCUUUUAUUUGAGGAUCCCAUACAUAUAUGACAUAAAAGAGAGUUCUAGAAGAUUACGCCACCCAGUGGUACACUUGGCUUGCUUCUGUCAUUGUAUACACUAUAUCCGCUAUCUCUUGGAAACCUUAUUUGUUCAUAAAGUCUCUGCAGGACAUACACCUUUGAAAAAUUUGAUAAAGGGUUGUGCCUUUUAUUGGGGAUUUACUUCUUGGAUUGCCUACUACAUUAAUCACCCAUGGUAUACACCACCAUCAUUUGGAAACCGGCAAGUCACAGUAUCUGCUAUCAAUUUUUUGAUUUGUGAAGCUGGAAAUCAUUUCAUCAAUGUAAUCUUGGCUCAUCCCAAUCAUACAGGAAUUAAUGCCUGUUUUCCAAGUCCAAAUUAUAACCCCUUCACAUGGAUGUUUUUCCUCGUUUCAUGUCCUAACUACACCUACGAGAUUGGAUCAUGGAUUAGUUUUACAGUCAUGACACAAACGCUGCCAGACAAGAAAAUUCAGAAGAGCCCUACCUUCAGCUAUGAGACAUUCUAGAUUCCAGGGAAGAGAUGAAAUGAAGGCUAAGCAGACCUAGAUUUUGAAUCUCAAAGAAGUCCUUUUAUUGGCCUGAGUAAACAGAACUAAAACCAUUCCAGUGUCAAUAACUCAAAUCUCCUGUAAGAGUAAGAGCUUCCCAUACCCCCUAACAUACUUGUGUUUGCCAAACAUGUCCCUGAAUGACAUUCUGUUAGAAUAUGCAGAACUUUAUCAAAGUCUAUGAGGCUGCACAAAUGCAUCUUUCUGAAAAGACUGGAAGGACACAAAAACUCAUUUUUCUGGAUACAUAAACUGUCCCUGAAGAAGAUACCACUCCAGAAAAUUCUGAAGGGUCCCAUAUACAAACAAUUUCAUAUGUAUUAACCAGUACAAACAGUGCAACCAUGAAUGCAAACUGUUUUGGAACGACUAGCCAUAUAAUAUUGCUAUACAAAAAGCUGGACAUAGUUAAGGACAAAAAGUGCUACAGGAGCUUCAUAGGUAAAAUAAAUUCAGCCAAAUUAAUUAAAUCAUAGUUAUUGAUUUUAGGUCCAAAGAAACCUCCAGUCAUUUUCCCACCAAAAUCAAUCAAGCUAUUACAUCCUAAAAUUAUGAUAUAUAUUCAA